CCACUGGUUCAGCCUAUCGGAAAUGCCGAGUCUGGCGGUAGACUUAAACAAUCGGUUGGACAACAUAAUCAACUCAGGCGUUAAAAAUUGCUUAUAAAAGCUUACACCUUACAUACAUACGUUACAUUUAUCAGUAGGUGGACGAGCAAAGGCGUGGGCAAAACGGAAUCCCCCAGUCACCCAGAUGAUGAUGAUUAUCGAGAUAAUGAGGUUCCAUUGUGCGUGAUAACGACCCAACUGAUUCUCAUCGGCUCGAUUCUGUUGAGAUUUGCCCCCAAGCUCAGUAGUCUACGAAUCGCUGAGCCGUCGGCACGGUUUAAUUGGACGGAAAACACGGAUUAGGUCCGAUAGAACCGCAUUUCGGAUCACUUCCUUAUCACAAGCUAGCGACGUGACUUAAAUUCCAUUGACGAGCGGGUAUUUUGUGAAUCACAAACGGUGGCUGAAAAACCCGAGUUCUAGAACAAAGAACACAGCAAUGGGUGGCAUUCAGUACAUCUGCCUGCUGGCUUUCAUAAUAGGAGCAUCAUUAUUGACAACAAGCAAUGCAAAAUCAAGCCGGGAUGUCAGUGCCGAAUUAAACAGGAUUCCUGCUUCGAAAUGGUUGCAAUAUGUAGAAACAGCGUUGGACUCAGUAAAUAGGCAAACACGACUGGAGGACAAUCUAUUGGGUUCCGAUAUCACUGUUAAGGACGGUAGCCUGUCACACGCUCAACUCCUGGACACUUUACCAAGCCUAGCUUCACAGAAGGACAAUAAGCUCGCCCUGAAGAUCCUAAAGUCCAGCUUGAUCGUUUUUAACAGCGAAUGCCUGCCUAAUGAAAUCGAUGAAGACGCGUGCCGCAGUUACCUGGAGAAAAAACCACUUCCCGAGGGCAGUAGUUUGCGCACCGAGUGUGAAAACUCGCUCACGGGAAACGGGGAGGGUCACCAUGCCUUCAGGAGGCUACUUGGGAGCAGCCACUACAGGGACGGUUUCUAUAAGAUGUUUCCCAAUUCCGGAAGACGUGAAACAGUGCCGGCUGCUUGGUCCAUCAGUAAGGACCUAUAUGAGCCCGACAGCAUACAGACCUCCAAGCAACAAACCGUCGAAGGCAACUCCAAUUUGGGCCUCCCUCAGUGGGCGCAGUUUGUUGAGCACGAUCUUAGCAAGCCGGUAUCGCAAUCAAUGAGCAAUGGAGCUCCGAUAGAGUGCUGCAGCCGUGACCAGAUCAACCUUCAGCCGCGUCACCACCACCCGGCAUGUGCUCCGAUUCUGUACCAGCCCGCUGGGAAAUACAACGUGCCCAGCUGCCUCAACUAUGUGAGAAGUGCUUUGGCCGUGGAUAAUUGCAAUUUCGGCGGCGCCGAGCAGCUCAACCAGGCCACGGGGUCCUUGGACCUGUCGCAACUUUACGGUUUCACGGCAGCAGCGGAGAGAAAGUUGCGGGUUCUGGAGGGCGGUUUUUUGAGGUCAACUCAACGCGGAGAGUUCGUCAACGCCCUGCUGCCCACUGCCACCGAUACGGAAGGACCUUCCUUCUGCGCCACGGAAAGCAUCGGAGAUGGCAUCUGUUUUGCUGCCGGAGAUUCGCGGGUGAACAGCAGUCCGUUCUCCAUACUGAUCUACACGAUCUUCCUGCGCAACCACAACAGAGUGGCUGCCGAGCUGCAUCAUAGGAAUCCCCGGUGGCGCGAUGAAAAGCUCUUCCAGGCAGCCAAGGCGAUCAAUGUGGAUAUCUAUCGUCGAGUGGUCAUUGAGGAGUGGCUUCCCGAGGUGCUCGGCCCGAAGUUGGCUAGUGAGAUUAGGAGGAGGCAAAGUAAUCCUGCUUUGGGGGUCUUCAAUGAGUUUGCGGUGGCUGCCAUUCGCUUUUACUUCUCAAUGGUGCCCAAUGAGCUCCAAAAUCUGACCAAGGAUAACGUAGUCUAUGGAACUGAAAAGAACAACCAAUAUGUGUUUAUUAGCAAGGAGCUACCAACUAAAAACCUGUUUGAGCUCAAGGAAGAAAUCUAUAAGCCCAAGUUGCAGUACACUUCCCAAAAGUUGAAUAACAUCCUUGAGAGUUUACUCAACCAGCAGACCAUGAAGAUGGAUGCUGCCUACUCCGGUGGUGUCGUCUGGCACAAUAACACCAGACCCACCCAUGCCGAUAUGUUGGCCUUCGAUAUCCAAAGGGGCAGAGAUCACGGUCUGCUGCCAUACCAUCGGUACCUGGAAUCGUGUGUCCUGUCCGAACCCGUAAAGAGCUGGAAAGAUUUUGAGCACUUUAUUCCAAGUGAUGUUUUGGAUAAGCUGAAAACAAUCUACGCCAGUUGGGCUGAUGUGGACCUCAUUGUGGGUGGAAUUUCGGAGAAGCCUGUUCACGGAUCCGUUGGCCCCACCUUCAGCUGCAUCAUCUCUGAGCAAUUCGUACAUGUUCUGAAGCAAAACGAGCAAAAAGCGGCUCUGAAACACAAGCAACUGGUGGAGCAAUAUCGCCACUUCAAUGGAACACAACUACUGUGCCUGAGCUCCGGCCUUUCAGCUGUUCCCCAGAAUAUCUUCCAGUUGCCAUCGACCAGUAAUCAAAUGGUCUCUUGUGAAGACGUCUAGAGGGUGACAACACAACGCCGCUCACACUUCGCAGCCAAUUUAAGAUUGUUUCCAAACCAAAAAACUGUAUAAGAGCCAAAACUCAUUAAAUACCUCAAUAACAUCUUGA